AUGGCAGAGAGUGGAAUGAAUGGGGAGAGAAGAAGCGAGGAUAAAGGAGGAGGAGGAGGCGGAGGUGGAUCUCCUCAGUCGCCCCACAGCCCGGCUCUUGGACUCUCCCCAGUCGGUGGGACCAAGAGGCAUCUCCCUCGAGGGAUUGUGAUUCAGCUCACUGGGACAGAGGGAGAAUGGGACAGUCUAGACGACAGUGAGCUCAUCUUCUCCCUUGACCACGAUGACGACUACCCCUCUAUAUCUCUCUCAAAGGAGAGGCAGCUUUCUGUUGAGGAUGACAGAAAGUUGCAGUCCCAAGCUUUCCACGUCCCUCUUUCCCCCUCGUCCCCUGGCUCUCUGGGCAACUGCUCGGCCAUUGGCCCCGGCUUCCUCUCCCCUGGCCUUUCGUCUCCCACCCACCGACCCUUCGCAAGCCUUGUCAAGUCUCUCUCCACAGAGCUGGAGCUCAAAGAAGGCUCCACCCUCAGACCUAGGCCCCUUCUCAGCCUCGUAAAGUCGAUCUCCACGGAGCUCUCCCGCUCAGAGCCAGAGGUAUCACAGUCGAAGUCAGACUCCCGCCUCAACAUCCAUCUGUGGAAGCAGUUCACCCAACCAAAAAUGCGCAGCAAUGGGGACUCUCGCACCGCACCCCCUUCUCCUUGCUCGCACUCUCCAGUUGGAGAGGGUCUGCGAGGGGGCUUCUUCAAAAUGGAGUUAGAGGACACCAAGAGGAAGCUCUCGGAGGCUGUGCACGAGCCUUUGAGCAGCAUGUUCAGUAAGAUCAUGAGAGAGGAGAGCACGGGAGGCCCCAAAUACCAGUGUAAGAGCCAGGGGGCUCAUCCGGUCAGCUCCAGAGGUUUGGGGCGUGAAGGUAACACGGACACGGUUCUCUCUGAGUCUCCUGUGAGGAACACUAGAAAAACAGAUGCUGAUGUUUCACCUGUGUUUGACUGGCCUUCUGUUAGACCUCCUGGGAGAAGUCAGCGUAGCCCCUGCCCUGUGCAUCACCACAGGCAACAUCACCGGGAUGAGGAGCUGGAAAUAUGUACAGACGGAGACAUAAUGCAAGUAUUAGCCAUGGAGACUCACGGACAGGCGAGGAGAUCUCCUACCCUUGCAGCACCCCUGGUUAGGACUUCUCCCCGUUCUCAGCCACCUCACCCUCUUCCACGCAUGACUUUAUUCGGUGUGGCAUUGCUGUCCUAUGGCUAUUUCAUUCUACCUCUCAGUCCUUACCUCUCUGGCCUGGCUCUGGGAUUAGCAUUGGGCUUCUUGCUAGGACUGUUGCUCAUUAGGAUGGGUUCCCCCAGGUCCCGCUGCUCAGCUCCUUCAUACAGACCAGUACAGACUCUGUUGGGAGAGGGGAUUCUGACAGGUGUCCGUACUGAACCUGACACCCUCAAGGGCUGGAUGAAUGAGAUACAUGACUACGACCCAGAAACCUACCAUCCAGCUCUGACUCACUCCGUGUUUGCCGCCCUGGAGGGCUCCUGUCUCCGUCUGGACUCCCCGCGUAACAACAUCAGCCGCAGGGCCACGUAUGAUGAGAGAGUCCACGAGGCCGCCUUCGUCAAGUCACGCUCCUUUCAGCUUGCAAAAAGCAAAGUAUCCCUGCUGCCAUCUGUGCUGGCUCGAAAGAGGUUGUGGAACCCGAAGUAUCCCAUCUGCAUCCAACUGGCCGGGGGAGCGAACUCUCAAGAGGCUGAGGGAGGAAGGUCGGAGGAGAGUCGGGGGGUGGAGGAGCCGGGAGCUGAACCUGCAAGUCCACAACAAAGCUCCUCCAAACACGUCCACGACCUUCCCAUGACUCUUUACCUCUUUGGCCGCACAGGAAGAGAGAAGGAAGAGUGGUUUCGUCACUUCCUGCUCGUAUCUACGGACACGGAGAGGGGAAAGGAUAGGGAAAGACAGAAGCCUGGCAGAUGUGAAUCCAGAUCGGGUGACACCGCAUUGGCACCGAGCGUUACUGCCCAAGGUAAUGUAGGCAGCAGUGACGACGACGCCCCCUUCACACCUCCAGCCUCCUGCAUCCCUGCAGCUCCUGUCUGUCAGACCUCCAGUAGCACCUGGGGCCUUUCAAUGCUCGACUACCCAGGAUACAUGGCUCGUCUCCUGGCCACAGACGAGUCAACCCCCCUCUCCAGUCCUGGAGGCAGCGGCAGUGCGGAGACGAGCCCGACCACCAUGAAAGGAACUUGCACCUGUGAUGUAGCAGAGCAUUCUGGGACGAGCCAGACUGCGUGGGCGAACGCUCUAAUUGGUCGAAUCUUCUGGGACUUCCUGCGAGAGAAGCACUGGGCUGACGUGGUUUCCCGCAAGAUCCAGAAGAAGCUGAGCAAGAUCAGACUGCCUUACUUUAUGAAUGAGCUGACUCUGACGGAGCUGGAUAUGGGCUGCUCUAUGCCACACAUCACUACUACCUCCAGACCAGAGGUAAACCACAGAGGCCUGUGGGUGGAGCUGCAGCUGGUCUACACUGGUGCCCUGCAGAUGACUCUGCAGACCAAGUUCAACCUGUCCAAGCUGGGUAAAGAGGGGGGUCAGGAUACAGACUGCACCACGGAGACCGGUAGCCCACGCUGCAGGCCCAUCUUCAGUGUGUUGGCGGACAGUGAUGAAGAGUCCUCCAGCGCUGGUUCAUCUGAUGAGGAAGAGCUGCUUCUCUCUGAGCCUCAGGGCCCAGUGGGGGAGAAGGGAUCCACACCAGUAACUGAUGGGGCGGCGGGCGGAAAGACUGGAAAGAAGAUUUGGAGAUUUGUGGACAAAAUCACUAAAUCCAAGUAUUUCCAGAAGGCGACAGAGAACGAGUUCAUCAAGAAGAAGUUUGAGGAGAUGUCCAACACGCCCCUGCUGCUCACUGUGGAGGUUCAAGAGCUGUCGGGGUCUCUGGUCGUCAACAUCCCGCCGCCCCCUACAGACAGAAUAUGGUACAGCUUCUGCGUGCCCCCCAAGCUGGAUCUGCACGUCCGUCCCAAACUAGGGGAGAGGGAGGUGACUUUUUGUCAUGUGACCGAGUGGAUUGAAAAGAAACUGCAGGAUGAGUUCCAGAAAGUGUUUGUACUCCCAAACAUGGACGACAUAUAUGUACCCCUGAUGCACUCGGGGGUGGACAGCCCUCAAGCCCCCCAGCACCUGUCCUCUCAGUCCCAACGCUCCCAAUGGUCCUCCACAGAGUCCAUCGAGAGGAUCCCACCGGAGAUCUCAGAGUCUGACUAGUGCCUCAUGUCGAUGAUCAAAAGGAGAGCUCCAACGGCGUAUGAAGGCCAUUGUAGGUACAAAUAACAAACUCGACCAAUCAGAGCCGAGGAGUCUCAAACGCAGACGCUGAUCAACCUUACCCUAAGAACGGAUUCAUGUAUUCACAGUGAGAAAAAGCGGAAUAAGCAGAAGAAUGAGAACAUAAAGUUACAUUUGUUUUAUAGACUUGUGUUAAUGUGUGAACGAGGAGUUUCUAAAGGUUUCUAAAUGUUUAGCUCUGCUGAGUCCGAAGGUUUGUUUGUCACAGAUUCCUGAACAAAGGACUACAAGUGAUACCUUUUUACAAAUGUUUACAUGUGAAUGAUCCCUAUGAGACUAUCUAUAAAUGUAGCUGCUUUGAUGUUUACAGCUCAAUGUCACUUUGGAUAUAAGAUGAUGGACAUUAUUAAUUAAAACAUAGAAACACACC